CGGUUAUUUAAGAGUUAGAUGUUUUGGAACAUUGGAAAUAAGAGUGCUAUCCCAUUAAAGAGACGAAAAUUCCAUAAGAACCUCGUGAAGAACGUCGAAGGAUAUACAUUGGCAAUUUUGCAUCUUGAUUAAGCAUCAUCAUUGUCAGUGGUAUUAUCAGUGAAUAAUAGUGAGAAUCAGGCGAGCAUUAUCGCGCCGAGCGGCGCGAUGCUCGCUGUCGGUGGUAUCCAAGAGGAGGCCGUCACGGCGACGAGCGGCGUCGUCGGCAAGGCCGCUGAAGAAUGGACAACGAACGCGAUAAGAAGAGUCACGGUUACAACUGUCAGUGCGUUCGUCGGCACGGCACGCGACGCCGACGUCGGCGUCGUCGUCGAUCGCCGCUGUUCUUUUGCCGCGGUCGCCGGACAAAUCGAGCGAGUCGCGCGGUGAUUCGCGUGUGAGGUGAGUUCGUGGUCGCCGAUUUGUUGGAUGGAAGACGACGACGACGAAGGCGGCGACGACGACGCGACGCGAGAUGCCUGGUAUCGUGGUAUUCCGACGACGCUGGAGCGUCGGCAGCGACGACCUCGUCGUGCCCGGCGUUUUUCUGUUCAUCGUGCAUCUCAUAUGGUUGACAGUGUUGGGUAUUCUACUGGGAAUUCUCGAAUGGGAUCGUAGCGAUACUUGCGUUCUUCUUUUGUGGCAGUACGUGAUCGGAUAUGAGGGUCUUUUCGUGGUUUGUAUGAUGGUAGAAUUCUACAUCUGCUUCUUGGCAACGAGAGGCAGCAUCCUGGAUACAACAGCGAGAGCCCCGAUGCAGUACGUCCUUUACUUCCGACUAUUCUUGGUACUGGUGGAGACUGGGUGGCUGUGCACAGGUGUUACUUGGCUAGCGCGUUAUUACCAAACCUGUCCAGUGGACCAAGCUAAGGAUGUUAUGUUGGGUUUGGUGAUAUCGAACUCGUGCCUGCUGGCGUUGAUGAUGGUGACCAUUUGGUGCACGUAUGAUGCAGCUGGCAGGUCCUGGGUGAAGAUGAAGAAAUACCAGCGCAGCAUGAGGGAGGCGGAAUCGAGGGGGGCAAGAUUGCAUUACAAACGCAGCGGCAGCAGAAGUCGAAAUUGGCGACAACGAAAAGUCAUACGUGCUUAUCAGGACAGCUGGGACAAUAGAUGCAGAGUAUUAUUCUGCUGUAUGGGUAACUCCGAUCGCAAUCGAAACUCGUUCGCCGACAUCGCCCGAUUGUUGAGCGACUUCUUUCGCGACUUGGACGUGGUGCCAUCGGACGUAGUAGCUGGUUUGGUGCUGCUCAGAAAAUUCCAAAAAAUCGAGCGCGAGUUGAUAGUUAAGCAACGCAAAAAUGAUACAUACGAGUUCCUGUCGGGAGUGCCGGUCACUUCGCGUACAAAGUUCCUGUCCUUGACGGAGGACGGCGAUCUGGGCCAUUUUCAGUUGGCUAUCCAUUAUAUGCACUUUGCCCUCGCGGCCUAUGGUUGGCCCAUGUUUCUCGUUGAUUCCUCCACCCAACUUUGCCAAUUAUGCACUAGAUUGCAAUGUUGCUGCUGCUUUCCGUGCGGCACUCGUCACGAGGAUAUGGCGACAGUCAUCGACGACAAUUGCUGCCGGUGCAAUUACGCUGCCCUGAGUAGAAUGCUCAUUUUGGGGGAGAUUGAAGUCGUCUAUGCAACCUUCCACGUUGACGUUGGCGAGACGCCCUUCUUCGUUGCGCUCGAUUAUACGAAGAGAAAGAUUGUGAUUAGUAUACGAGGGACCUUAAGCAUGAAGGACGUGCUGACGGAUCUGAACGCCGAAGGUGAGGUGUUACCUUUAUCGCCGCCGAGAGAGGAUUGGUUCGGGCACAAGGGGAUGGUACAGGCCGCUGAAUAUAUACGCAAGAAGCUUCAAGAGGAGGACAUUAUCGCGUGUGCUCGUGCAAAGAAUACCUCUAGGGGUACGCAUCAAUUUGGGCUGACCUUGGUGGGGCACUCAUUAGGCGCUGGCACGGCAGCGAUCCUCGCGAUUCUACUAAAACAGGAUUACCCGGAUCUGAUGUGCUUCUCAUUUGGGCCACCUGGUGGACUGUUGAGCAUGCCUGCCCAGCAAUACACGCAGGAAUUUAUUACCUCCGUGGUGGUGGGCAAGGACGUAGUACCGAGGAUAGGGCUUCGGCAAAUGGAAAGUCUAAGGGCGGAUCUCAUCAACGCUAUAAAGAGAAGUGUCGAUCCUAAGUGGAAGACAAUAGCGUGCUCUGUGAUGUGCUGCGGCUGCGGCUCGACACCUACGUCGGCGGCCAACCUGGAAGCCGGUGGUUGUAUCAGCGAAUACCAACGGGACAAGGACCGGGCGCGUGCUCAGACCAUCGUACCCAGUGAUUCCAGCAUCGCUUUAACUCUGCACAGACCCCUAUAUCCACCAGGACGAAUCAUACACGUGGUGCGACAUCAUCCGAACAAGGGCGAGCAGAAGUAUGAGACGAGUUGGAGACAAGUGUUGAACAAGCGCGAGCCAGUGUAUCAGGCAUUGUGGGCUGGUCCGUGUGAUUUCGACGAAGUGCUAAUCAGCCCAGUGAUGAUACAGGACCACAUGCCGGACAACAUGUUACGUGCAUUGAAUAAGGUUGUGACGACUCUGGGACCGGCGAAACCACAACGACUAGUGUCCGGACACGCGUCCUCGACGGAGAUGUCGUCGGAGACGGCGCGCGAGCAUCAUACGAUUGAAAUCCAGGAGCUGGAGCUGCAAGAGCAGGAAAUGCGAGCCCUGUUGUCGCCAUCCAGCCCGACCAGAUAUCAUUUGGGCAAUUUAGCCGGCACCCCGCCGCACCGGCUCUGCCUGGAGACGAGCUUCACGUCGUUGCAGAGCCCGACGGACAUACCACAGGCCGGUCGUGAACUCAGUGUGGACUCCCGAGGUAUCCCAUGGGAGUACGUCAGCCUCGCCAGCGAGCUACUCAACACGCCCAGGCUGGAAGACGGCAAACCAAGACCGAGUCGCUGGGACGAUUCGCGUACGGCACCCUUGGCUACACCGGAGACACUGUCAGAAGCGUCGACGAGCAGUCCGCCGUCGCCGGUAGUCCCGGUACCUAGGCCAAUGCGACGCACCCCCAAGAUCCCGGGAAACUUGUCGACGGCGGCGGACGAUCUGAAGAAUAAUCUGCACUACGCGAUGCUCUCAGCGAAGAACUACUUCCUGAGGACGGGGGAGCAUGCGGGAGGCAGUAAUAACGGCAGUAGCAGUGGCAACAGUGAGGCGAGUUACGAGAGUGCCAAGAGUCUGGCCGCCGCCGGUCUUCCGCCGCCGGUCCCGAGACGACGGGACUCUGUUAUCGUUAGAAGAGAACAACGAACAUGCACAGCAGCGUGUUGCAGGGACGAUUUGUCGGAGAAUUCGUCAACUCACACAUCCUCACACUCUUCGAGAGUCUCCCGUACUUCGCAUCGCGUACAAGUGGAGUAUAACGAGGAAGAGACCGGUUCCAGUUUGGAUUUCUACGAAGCAAAGGGUUCCUCUGGGCAGCGUGAUAGUAGCAAUGAUGUCUUCCUCAGUGUGCGUAGUUCACCAGAGUGCAAAGGACUUAUGGCACCGGCCACGGAUUUAGGUGCUGAAUGGAAGAAAGGAAUCGAUGCUACCGGCGUGGGCGGUGACGCCUCAUUACCGCUUCUCCGAGGCUUAUCGCCCACACCGACUCCUGGCCAGCACAAUUCACCAUUUUUCAACGCUAAGCGGAAAAAAUACGUGUAUCCCAUUACGUUGGUGGGACGAGGAGAGAGCAGCGUCUAGUCGUAGAUUCUAGAUGAAGAGGCAUAAUCAAUGCGAUUGCGAAGGUCUUCAUUCAGUAAAAAAGCCAAUCGAGAUAAAAGAAAUAAAGUAAUUUCGUUCUUCGUGAUUCAUGUAUGGUUUGAUUCUCUUUAACUUCGAUUAAAAAGAAUAUUUAUUACGUAUAAAAUGACGUUAACUCAGCGAAUUGAAAUAAAACCAAUCGAGGACCACGAGAUACGAUAAUAGUAGUCAGAAAUAGGUGUUUAAAUACAUGUGCCAAAUUUUUCUUCUCCAACUUCCUUUUUUUUCUUUAAUUUACAAAUUUCUUAAAUAAUCAAACCAAACGGUAUUCUAACAGAUGUGUGUGAAGAUCUAGAAUUACAACAUCUUUAAAACACUUUUACGUUUUUUGUACAUUUCAUUAUUCAUUUUCGAUUUAUAAGUUUUCAGACGUACUUUCUUCAA